GGAGAAGUGAGAGGCAGUGCUGGAAGAUGAUUGGUGGAGCUCCACCACAACAACCAUCAUGGCGGACCGCUUGUCACAGCUUCAGGAUGCUGUCAACCUACAAGCUGAGAAUCUAUACAGCAGCAUUGGAUGUCUUUUCAACUCAGCAGCUCCUUGUAGUUUUGAUAAAAGUGGCAAAACUCCUUCCCAAAAUGAAAAUACCGAUGACAUGACUGAACAUAAGCGCGUUUAAUUUGCCAACGAAGAUUGCUCGCAUGCCAAAGAUAUAGAUGCUUUGAUUGAGUCAUUACCUUCAAGGAAUUCUUCUGCUGAAUUACAGACAGCUAGCAUGCGGGUAUUGGAACAAGAAGGUGAAGAAGCUGCACAGAGACUCCAGCGAGGUAUUGACCGAGGGGAUAAAUUAUUAGAAGAAAUUAAUAGAGCACUUACCGAAAUUGCUAAUACCCAGUUAGCAAUAAAUCGCAUAACAGAGGCAUCUCAGGGAGAUGCACUUAAAAUGUGAACUUUUAUGAAUAAUACAUUUUUCUCGAUACACAUAAGAGUGCUUCCAGAAAUUGCUGGGUACAGCACUUUUUUUGUGUGUGUAUUCCUACCAGCACAGAUUUUUUCUUUUACUUAUAAAAAGUUUGGUGAGAAAUAGCUUCAAUUCCAGGUUUGAUAUUAAAUCAUUUUCCUUGAGCUGGAGUGACUUAUGUUCUGUUGUUCAACUUGUAUAAAAAUAUGUAUACUGUACUCUACUAUACAUGUUUAUUGGCUACUGUGUGAGGAUCUUCAGAAGUAAGCAUUUUUGUUUAAUCUUUUAAUAUUUUUCCUUAUCUUUCUGUAUACUGUAUUGUAAACCCCCAGUUUAACUGACUAUGAAAAUGCAGGACAGAAUUCACUUGGUCAGUUAAUUCAGAAAAGGGCAAAGUCUUUUGGUUUAGAAGUGUCCAUUUUUUUAUAAUCACUGGCAAACAAUCAGAUGUUUAUCCACCACUAUUUCCAUUACUGGACAACUGCUCUUUCCUACUAGUCCACUAAACCAAGACUUUACAGUAAUUAUUUUGUUUUUAAAAUGUUUCAUUUAUUUUGUACUUUUUGUCUAAUUUUCUCAACAGAUACAAUUCUGAGCAUAUACCUUUCCAUGUGAUUUAUGAUUAUUGCAGUUGGCUAAACUAUACACAAACUCUGACAAAAUUGACAUAAUUAUUUUCUUAACAUAGACUAUCAUCUCACAAAUUUUCACUUCAAGAAAUUCAAAAUAUUCAGCUACACAAUUUCUAAUCACUUAUAAAUUAAAGACAUGAUGCAUUAGUAGGUAAUAGAUACAUUAAUGAUUGUUUUAAAGUUAUAUAACCCUUGUGGUUUAGCACUUAUUUUUUAUUAUAAUAAUUUAAAGCUGUAUAAUAUACAAGGGCAGGUCAUUUUAUUAAUGUUCUUUUUAUAGUGGGUUAUUUGAGUAUAUUUCAUAAUGAAGUGAGAUGUAUCUGUGAAUGCCUUUGUCUAAUUUAAGCUUACAACAAUUGGUGGAUCCCUCGCUCAGUUACUGACACUAGCUAUGUGAGUGGAAAUUCUUCUUUUAUUUUUGCAUUGAAUGUGUCAGGAGCUGAUGUAGUAAGAUUUAUUUACCAGCUGUACUGCUUCAUUAAUAUUACACAAGUAUAGUGUGAGGAAUGAGUUAUGUCUGUACAAUAUGACUUUGUUUAGCAUCAGUGAUAAAUUCCUCAAAAACCUUAGUUAAGUGAAACGACAUUUACCAGAACACAUUUUUCUAUUGCAUCUUUGUUAUAUAAUUAGAGAUGCUUCCUUGAACAAAAAAGUUACACUAUACUAGUACAGUACCACUGAAUUUUGGAGAUAGGAGCAAACAUGCACCAAUAGUGUGUAUGCAAGAGAUGUCAACUAUAAUGACAGACCUAGGUAUAAACACAGUAACUUAUAAACCUUAAAGGUAAGCUUAUCUCUGGAUUGGCAAAAGAGAACAUUCAGGAGAGGAGUUAACCAUCUUAUUCCUCCUCUUGGUAUAUUUGAUAUAUAGUUCCACAUUGUUGAGUUUGGAGUGCAUUGGAGAGCAGGACAUUAAUGUUGAGUCUUCUGGGUACGAUGACAAAUGUUCUUCAUAUAGCUUAACGAUGUCAUACUUGUGGGGAUGAUUCCAUGUACAAAUUAGGUAAGAUGGCACUAGGGAGUGAACCCAUAGCUAUCCCAACACAUUUUCUAUAGAAAGUUUCCUAAAGAAAAGCAAUUGAAACUGAUACAUGAAAAUGAAAAUGUUUAUUUCCUUGCAAAGCUUACAAUGUGUGGUUUACAUAUUAUAAAAUACUAAUUACAAAGGCCUCUAGCAUGAAAAGGCAUAUGACAGGGUGGAUAGGGUGGCAAUAUGGCAGAUGUUGCAGGUGUGUGGUACAGGAGGUAGGUUACUGAAAGCAGUGAAGAGUUUUUAUGAGGAUAGUGAACCUCAGGUUAGAGUAUGUAAGAGAGAGGGAGAUUAUUUCCCAGUAAAAGUAGGCCUUAGACAAGGAUGUGUGAUGUCACCAUGGUUGUUCAAUAUAUUUAUAGAUGGGGUUGUAAGAGAAGUGAGUGAGAGGGUCUUGGCAAGAGGUGUUGAGUUAAAAGAUAAAGAAUCAAACACAAGGUGGGAGUUGUCACAGUUGCUCUUUACUGAUGACACUGUGCUUUUGGGAGAUUCUGAAGAGAAGUUGCAGAGGUUGGUGGAUGAAUUUGGUAGGAUAUUUAAAAGAAAAUUAAAAGUGAAUAUAGGAAAGAGUAAGGUGAUGAGGAUAAAAAGAUUAGAUGAUGAAAGAUUGGAUAUCAGAUUGGAGGGAGAGAGUAUGGAGGAGGUGAAUGUAUUCAGAUAUUUAGGAGUGGACGUGUCAGCAGAUGGGUCUAUGAAGGAUGAGGUGAAUCAUAGAAUUGAUGAGGGAAAAAAGGGUGAGUGGUGUACUUAGGAGUCUGUGGAAACAAAGAACUUUGUCCAUGAAAGCAAAGAGGAGAAUGUAUGAGAGUACAGUGGACCCUCGCCUAACGCUAUUAAUCCAUUACUGAGAGCUCAACGUUAGGCGAAAUUAUCGUUAGGCGAAUUAAUUUUCCCCAUAAGAAAUAAUGGAAAUCAAAUUAAUCCGUUCCUGACACCCCAAAGUAUGAACAAAAAAAAUUUUUUACCACAUGAAAUAUUAAUUUUAAUACACACAAACUGAAGAAGACAUGCACAGUUACAUGACACUUACCUUUAUUGAAGAUCUGGUGAUGAUUGAUGGGAUGGGAGGAGGGGAGAGUGUUGAUGGUGUUAGUGUUUAGAAGGGGAAUCCCCUUCCAUUAGGACUUGAGGUGGCAAGUCCUUUUCUGGGGUUACUUCCCUUCUUCUUUUAAUGCCACUAGGACCAGCUUGAGAGUCACUGGACCUCUGUCGCACAACAUAUCUGUCCAUAGAGGCCUGUACCUCCCGUUCCUUUAUGACAUUCCUAAAGUGUUUCACAACAUUGUCAGUGUACAGGUUGCCAACACGGCUUGCAAUAGCUGUGUGAGGGUGAUUGUUAUCAAAAAAGGUUUGCACUUUAAGCCACAUUGCACACAUUUCCUUAAUCUUUGAAGUAGGCAACUCCCUCAAUUUCUCUAUCCCCUCCUCCGAAGCAGUUUCCUCAGGUGUGGCCUCUUGCUGUUGAAGAUGAUCUAGCAGCUCAUCAGUGGUUAGUUCUUCAUUGUCCUCCUCCACCAACUCUUCCACAUCCUCCCCACUAACCUCCAACCCCAAGGACUUCCCCAAUGCCACAAUGGAUUCCUCAACUGGCAUAGGAUUCCCAGGGUUAGCCUCAAACCCUUCAAAAUCCCUUUUGUCUACACAUUCUGGCCACAGUUUCUUCCAAGCAGAGUUCAAGGUCCUCUUAGUCACUUCCUCCCAAGCCUUACCUAUAAUGUUUACACAAUUGAGGAUGCUAAAGUGAUCUCUCCAAAACUCUCUUAGAGUCAAUUGAGUUUCUGAGGUCACUACAAAGCACCUUUCAAACAUAGCUUUUGUGUACAGUUUCUUGAAGUUGGAAAUGACCUGCUGGUCCAUGGGCUGCAGGAGAGGAGUGGUAUUAGGAGGCAAAAACUUGACCUUAAUGAAGCUCCUUUCCACAGAAAGUCGCUCUGCCACGUCUGAAGGAUGACCAGGAGCAUUGUCUAAUACCAGGAGGCACUUAAGGUCUAAUUUCUUUUCAAUUAGGUAAUUUUUCACAGUGGGGGCAAAUGCAUGGUGUAACCAGUCAUAGAAAAAGUCCCUAGUGACCCAUGCCUUACUGUUUGCCCUCCACAGCACACACAAAUUAGCCUUGAGGACAUUGUUUUUCCUGAACACUCUGGGAGUUUCAGAGUGAUACACCAAUAAAGGCUUCACUUUGCAAUCACCACUAGCAUUGGCACACAUCAACAGAGUAAGCCUGUCUUUCAUAGGCUUAUGUCCUGGGAGUGCCUUUUCCUCCUGAGUAAUGUAGGUCCUGCUUGGCAUUUUCUUCCAAAACAGGCCUGUUUCGUCACAAUUAAACACUUCUUCAGGUUUCAGUCCUUCACUGUGUAUGUACUCCUUGGCAUUUUCUUCCAAAACAGGCCUGUUUCGUCACAAUUAAACACUUCUUCAGGUUUCAGUCCUUCACUGUGUAUGUACUCCUUGAAUUCCUGCACAUAUUUUUCAGCCACUUUGUGGUCCGAACUGGCAGCCUCACCAUGCCUAAUCACACUAUGUAUGCCACUACGAUUCUUAAAUCUCUCAAACCAACCUUUGCUGGCCUUAAAUUCACUCAAAUCAUCACUAGUUGCAGGCAUUUUUCUAAUUAAAUCGUCAUGCAACUUCCUAGCCUUUUCACAUAUGAUCGCUUGAGAGAUGCUAUCUCCUGCUAUCUGUUUUUUGUUUAUCCACACCAAUAACAGUCUCUCAACAUCUUCUAUCACUUGCGAUCUCUGUUUCGAAAACAGAGUUGCACCUUUGGCAAGAACAGCUUCCUUGAUUGCUGUUUUCUUGCCCACAAUAGUAGCGAUGGUUGAUUGGGGUUUUGUGUACAACCUGGCAAGCUCGGAGACAUGCACUCCACUUUCAUACUUAACCAUGAUCUCUUUCUUCAUAUCCAUAGUAAUUCUCACUCUUUUUGCUGUAGGGUUGGCACUAGAAGCUUUCUUGGGGCCCAUGGUGACUUAUUUUGCAGGUGCAAUCACUAAAAAGGCUGUGAUAAUAUGAAAUGUUGCGAUUGUAUGCUUGGAAGCGACCGCGGUGGCUGGCUUGUAAACACUGGCACCCACGGAACAAGGGAGGUGGGCUCAGGCCACAUGUGGACAUGUCUCGAACGAACCGCGUUGAGCGAGUUUUUUAGCGCUAGCCGAGGCAAAAUUUUUGCUUUAAAAUGUAUCGCUAGGCGGAUUUAACGUUAUGCGAUGCGUUCAUUAGGCGAGGUUCCACUGUAUAGUUGAACCAAUACUCUUGUAUGGGUGUGAAGCAUGGGUGAUGAAUGUUGCAACGAGGAGGAGGGUGGAGGCAGUGAAGAUGUCAUGUCUGAGGGCAAUGUGUAGUGUGAAUAUAAUGCCGAGAAUUCGUAGUUUGGAAAUUAGAGGAAGGUGUGGGAUUACCAAAACUAUUAUCCAGAGGGCUGAGGAGGGGUUGUUGAGGUGGUUUGGACAUGUAGAGAGAAUGGAACAAAACAGAAUGACUUAGAGAGUGUACAAAUCUAUAGAAGAGGGAAGGCAGGGUAAGGGUCUGCCUAGAAGGGUUGGAGGGAGGGGGUAAAGGAGGUUUUGUGUGCGAGGGGCUUGGACUUCCAGCAAGCAUGCGUGAGCGUAUUUGAUAGGAAUGAAUGGAAACAAAUGGUUUUUAAUACUUGACAUGCUGUUGGAGUGUAAGCAAAGUAGCAUUUAUGAAGGGGUUCAGGGGAACCAGCAGGCCGAACUUGAGUCCUGGAGAUGGGAAGUACAGUGUCUGCACUCUGAAGGAGGGGUGUUAAUGUUGCAGUCUUAUAACUGUAGUGUAAAGCACCCUUCUGGCAAGACAGUGAUGGAGUGAAUGAUGAUGAAAGUAUUUCUUUUUUGGGCCACCCUGCCUUGGUGGGAAUCGGCCGAUGUGUUAAAAAAAAAAAUCUUUGGCUGGUAGUAGAAGACUCUUGUCAUGAUUUAUUUUAUGACAAAAGAAGGCAUUGACAUUUUUAUAAAUACAGUGGACCCCCGGUUAACGAACUUUUUUCAUUCCAGAAGUAUGUUCAGGUGCCAGUACUGACCGAAUUUUUUCCCAUAAGGAAUAUUGUGAAGUAGAUUAGUCCAUUUCAGACCUCCAAACAUACACGUACAAACGCACUUACAUAAAUACACUUACAUAAUUGGUCGCACUUGGGGGUGAUCGUUAAGCGGGGGUCCACUGUAACAGCAUCACAACAAACUUAUUAUUAUUAUUUUUUAUUAUCACACUGGCCGAUUCCCACCAAGGCAGGGU